CUCGCCGACCUCCUUAGUGGGUUGACUCCUAUUGGACAUUUUAAACAAUAAGUCAACCAUGCGACCUUCGUCCCCAUACGCCGCCCUGCGAUCUCCAUCCUCCCAACAUACACCACAUCCGCACACGGCUUUCCUUGGGACCACGUAGCUGGGACCUCCACUCACCUUUUGAAGCAGUCAUCUUCUACCAGCCACCCGGUGGGCUCGCCAAUCUUGCCAGAGCAACCACCCGCCAAACAUGGAUUUCGCAUCUCUCAUGUCCAAAGAGCUCGCCAAGGCGACAGGAACAACAACACCUACAGCUGCCAGCGACUCAUCCUCCUCCUCCAACAAGAAAUACAUACGCCGCUCCGAAGCCGAAGCCCAACGCGAAGCCGCGUACCGGGCCGAACAAAAGGCUCUCGAGGAAAAGCGGCAGGCCAAGGCCGCCGAAAAACGCAAGCGCGAAGAGGAAGCAGCCGAAGAGGCCAAGGCCCGCGAAGAAAAGCGCCGGAAAUUAGAAGAAGAGACGCGGCGCCGCCGGGAAGAGCAAGCAGCCGAAGAAGAGCGCCGGCGACGGAAACGCCUCGGGCUACCCGAACUAUCCAAGGAAGAUGGCGGCAGCAGUACCAGCCGCGAAGGCAGCACGGGCGCCGAGGGCGACGAGGACAUCCCGGCGGAGGCGCUAGUCUCGAAGCUGCGCGAACUAGGCCAGCCCGCGACGUUAUUCGGGGAGACGCACCGCGCGAAGCUGAAGCGGUACCGACGGCUCACGACGGUCGUGACGGCCGGGCCUAUACCCACGACGCUGCGACUGCUAGAGGAGAAGGACAUGAAGGUGGACGGGUCGAUACCGCAGGACAAGGCGGGACGGCAAUACCUGUUCCGCCAGCUAGCGUCGUACUUCACGAUGGUGCUGCGGGAGUGGGAGGUAGCGCUCGCGCGGGAAGAGAACCGCGACACGUUCGCCGGGAAAGCAGCCAUCAACGCCAUGGUAUCGAGCCGCGACAACAUGGUACCGCUAUUCCGUAAGUUCGAAAAGGGCGAGCUAGAAGACGACAUCCUCAAGCCCGUCGUGGAAAUCGUCCAGGCCGCUCAGGAGCGCCGCUACGUUGACGCCAACGACGGGUAUCUACGCCUGAGUAUCGGUAAGGCGGCGUGGCCUAUCGGUGUUACCAUGGUGGGUAUCCACGAGCGAAGCGCGCGGGAGAAAUUACACGAUGGUGAGCGGGGACAUAUCAUGAGUGACGAGGUGACCAGGAAAUAUUUACAGAGCAUCAAACGGUGUCUAACGUUUGCGCAAGUACGCUGGCCCCCGGAAGAUAUCAGGCAGCUGAUGGGAUGAUAUGGUAAUAGCAUUUAAUUAAUUCA